CUUUAUUGUGUCCCUGCAGCCCUCCAUAGCAGCUAAUCAUGUGGAAGAGCAGAGAAAGCGAAUUGAUCUUUGCGGCUUUCCGUAGAUGUGUGUGGAAGCAACCCAGUGCUGGCAACAAAUCACAAUGGCUGAGUGCACUACGUUUGAUAGUCUGCUGGAAAAGUGGGAUUCGACAGAAACAGAGCGGAGAAGGCAGUAGCACAUACUGGAAACCAGGGCAUUGAGAAAGCGAUGGACUGGUUAAUGGAGCAUGAGAAUGAUCCAGAUAUAGACGAGCCUUAUGUUCCGCCUGCUGGACAUACUCUCGGCACAACAGAAGAACAGAGCCAGUCUCCCACAGAACCCUCUGAAUCCACUGAAGUUGCUGAACAAGAGGGAGAUCCUAAACAACCUAGGUCAGAGGAAGAAAGGAAGGAACAAGUAAAACGACUGGAGGAGUUGAUGAAGAUAAGACAGGAGGAGAGGAGAGAGAGAGAGCGAAAGGAGGAAAUAGAAAGAGAAAAGCAGAGGAGGAAACAGGGCCAAGACCUGCUGCAUGUUAAACAGAAGCUUCAAGAUGACGAAAUGAAGAAGCUAGCGGAUCAGCGCAGGAGAGAGAAGAUGGAGGACAAGCUUGCCAAGCAGCGAGUUAAAGAAAAGAUUGCACGAGACAGAGAGGAGAGGGCACGAAAGUUUGGAGGUGGUUCAUCAAGCAUGGGUUUGUCAUCUCCCCCCUCUGAAGCCCCUCUGCAGUCUCCACCUGAGAACCAAGAGGCUUCUCAUCCUAAGAAAGACUACGAUGACUGUCGGAUACAGGUGCGUCUUCUAGAUGGAUCCACCUUGAGCAAUGUCUUCAAGGCUCAGGAGCCUCUGGCUGCUGUGAGAGUCUAUGUUCAGAUGAAUGGGGCAAACGGACAGGAUUUCAACCUCAUCACCCCAUAUCCCAGACGUGUGUUCACAGAUCUAGACAUGGAAAAACCCCUGUGUGAGCUGGGUUUGGUGCCUUCUGCCGUCCUUGUCGUUAUCAAGAAAUGAAGUGAAACAAUUUUUAGAAACAAGCUGUUCUUCCAGACGUCAAUGCAAGUUCAAAAGGAUUUCUCUGUGGAGAAUAUGAAUCAGUGGACUGCAAUGAUUUCACUUGAAGCACCAAACAUGCAAUGCAGUGAAGUGAUCAAUAAUUUCAUUAAACAUAAACCUGUUGAUAUUGCUUAAUAAAGGGUCAAGUGAGUUUUCACAGUGAUGAUCAUUGAGAAGGUGGUGUUACCUUCAUGUUUUGAAAGACAUUUUCAACAAUAAAAUUUAUCUUACUCCUCUUA